AAUAUUGUCUCAAAUUACAAUAUUCUAAAGUCCUAACAUACAAAAUGGGCUACUGUGUACACGAAAAUACAGUUGUUGAUUUCUGUGAAAGUAAAUGUGAAUCUCUCUCAAAUUGGGUUCGCAAAGUUAAACGUAAGUCAUCAAGUGCGAAGUCAAAGAGAAAGCGUGACUUGCGAAUUAUCGCCAUAUUGAGCCAGUCGUUAUCACGAGCAGAAAAUGAACUUCUGGCCAAACAAAGAGAACGUGCUAGAAGGUGGUCACAAAUGCAAGCAGAUCUCGGAUUACAUAACAAAGAAGAGGAAGAAGCCAAGCAGCGACGUGAAAAAGUCAAUAAUAUUUGGAAGAAUGAGCUGAGCGGCCUCGAUAAUUUUUUUAAAGAAUUAGACAAUUUUAAACCAAUAUUAAAUAAUAAGGAAAUAUAAGUUAAUAUAGAAGUAGAAUAAUUAGGUAAUGUAAAUUGUAUAAGAGUCUGUGAUAUAUGUGGAGUGUUUUCUAAAUUACAGUCCCAUUGCGUUUCGCGUGGGUCUGCAUCAGACGGCCGCCAUCUUGGCUGCUACUGGGGCGUGGUCGUCGCUAACUACAAAA